CCCACUCCUGCCGCAUCUUCGUGCCUGUUCCGCCGUCGUUCUUGCUUGGCUGUCAGCCAAAUUCAAGACAAUAAGGAGGAAACAGGCGUAUGCCAUCCUUUGAAAAUAUGGCCUCACAGUAUAGUGACGCCCCUGAGCCCAUUUCUCCCUCAUACCCAGAGGUUGUACCAACACCACAGCACCAAGCUUCCACCUGGCAAGCUUCGUCACAACAUCAACCAGGAUACAUCAACGAUGGGUCGGCCCCAGUAACAUCAAAACCAGGACAGCCAUGGUCUUCACCUCAAACGUCAUACAAUGUUGCGCACGGGAGCGAUCGCGGAUAUGACAGCCACAACGGCACAUACGCAGGAAGUACAAUGGUCUUCAACCAGGACAAGACCCAUACGGAGCUUCCUGCGGCAGAGACGAGCAAGAAGAAAACAUUGUGCGGCUGCCCUGUCAUUGUGUUCGUUUUGAGCGUCAUAAUAGCCAUCCUGAUUGGCGCCGUCGUUGGUUUGGCUGCUGGCACAGGGGUUCAAACGGCUAGGGUCAACGAAGCAAACGACAAGGUUCAGGAUCUUCAGGCACAAAUGGCAUCUAUAUCGUUCCCAACAGGGACAGGAAGUUCACCUGCAGCGACAACGACCGCCGCGAUCGACAAUGGCUGUAGUAGCAACCCUUCAGCCGUCAACGGGAAAGAGUACACUGCAUUUGAGUUGCUGGGCUCUACCAAUUUUACCAUGCGGUGUGGUAAGGACGUCAAUGCGCCUGUUCUAAUGUCCCUACUUGUGUCGGAUUUCAAUACGUGCAUGGACUCUUGUUCGUCCUGGUCUAUGUACGCACCCCGGAUGUUUGGAAAGAGUGAGAACACUACCUGCACAGGAGUGAGUUUCAUUCCACUGUGGACGGCCAAGUCUGAUGCGCUGAAAGGCGGAGCGCCGGGCAACUGUUAUCUCAAGAAGAAUGCCAGCACCAGCUCAUUUCAGACCGGAAAUAUCGGGACACCCGUCCAUGGAGCGGUCGUUGCGAGCUCCUGAGAACUCAAGUAUGAUUGGUCAUUUAGCGUCUUCACACAGUCGAUUUUCCGAAUGCAACAAAGAUGAGAGACUUGGUUUGUUACGAGAUUUGAGCUUGUAAAAAAAAUACCUACAUACCUCUCUUGGAAUUGAUACUCUCUCAUCAAACUCAGAUUCAGCGAAAGGCUCUGUCAAGUCAUAUUCUACAGGAUUCCAUUUCAAAAGCUGUGACUCUUCCAACUUACCAAAUGACAGGCAUUCUGCCGGUGCCGUAUCCUUACCCGGACCAUGGUGGUGGCUCUGGAAAGGUCUGGGAAAGGCUCCGUAAUCGGAGGGUCCCCGCGACAUUAGCGUCCCACGGGGGCGGCACGAAAGGGGGCAAGCAAAGAGUUGGCUCCUCUAGCGUGUCCAUUAUUGAUGACUGCUUCGUCUCGGUCGAUAUCCGGGGGUAACGAAAAUAAACGAUUGGCUGGUGUCGCUGUCAUAAUGCAUUGCCUAUUUAACAUAGAUAACAGUAUACCACAGCUUUCUUUCAAUGCGUAUUGGUGAGUCCAUGGUUCGCUCCUAUUGUCCUCACCGCCUCGAUAGACGACGGUACGCCUAUGCCGAUUCAGUCAUCAGUAGGUGCGACGUGACGUGAGAAAAUAAGAGCAGUAUUGCAAAGUGAAGU